UCCCCCCUCCCGCCCACCCACCCACCCCCGGUGUUUCAGCGAGUGACAGACGGACCUUCUAAGCAGACAUUCACCGGUAACCCUCCGGGAUGUCGUUCCUGGAGAAGCCGUCCCCCGGCAGGCAGCUGCUGGACGACACCGUCCCCCUGACGGCGGUGAUCGAAACCAGCCAGAACCUGCAGUCCCACACGGAGUACAUCAUCAAAGUCCAGAGGGGUGUGUCUUCAGAGAACAGUUGGCAGGUGAUCCGACGUUACAGCGACUUCGAUGUUCUCAACAGCAGCCUGAUGGUGUGCGGCAUCAGUCUCCCUCUUCCUCCCAAGAAGCUGAUUGGAAACAUGGACAGAGAGUUCAUAGCAGAGAGGCAGAGAGGACUGCAGGCAUAUCUGGACUCCAUUACCCAGCAUCCCCUGCUUUGCAGCUCCUUGUUUGUCAAGAAGUUCCUCGACCCAAACAACUACUCUGCCAACUACACAGAGAUCGCCCUGCAGCAGGUCUCCAUGUACUUCAGGUCGGACCCAAAGUGGGAGGUCCUGGAGCCUCUCAGGGACAUUGGCUGGAGGAUCAGGAAGAAAUAUUUUGUAAUCAAGAACAAAGAGCAGCCAAAGGAGAGGUAUCUGCUGAGCUGGGUGGACCUGGGGCCUGAUAAGUUCUUGUCUGACAAAGAUCUUCAGUCAGCCAUGAAGCUGCUAACCAGCUUCUCUACUCCCUAUCUGUGUCCGCUGUUGUUCUCCAGCACCAGUGAGUCUUCAGCUCUGCUCAUCCGGCCGUUCAGUGAGAGAGGCUCUCUCAGAGAUCACAUAUGCAAGGUGAAGCCCAGGGAGAGUCACCUGAAGAAGUACUGUAACCCUAAGAAGAGUCAGGGCCUCGAGCUGCAGCACAUCAAGCUGUACGGACGUCAGAUCCUGGAGGGCCUGAAGCUCCUCCACGACGGAGGAAUGUUUUUCGGUCACCUUCAAGCGUCCAACAUUAUGCUGGAUGACGGCGUGUGUCGACUCAUAGACGUAGAGAACGGCAUGCUGGGAGUUCCCUCAGCGCUGCGGCCAGCCUUCACCCAGCUCAGGAAGAUAAAUAGCACAGAGAGCAUCGAUGUCUUCUGUUUCGGACAUUUACUCUACGAGAUGACGUACGGCCGACCGCCGGACAGCAUCCCCGUCGAUCAGUUCCCCGCCGUCCCCUACACCACUGUCGUGUCGGUGCUGCAGUCCAUCCUGUCCACGGAGUCCUGUAAGAGCGGGAUGCCGACCGUGUCAGAGCUCAUGAAGACACCGUUGUUCAGUGACGUUCAGCUGCAACACUCAGAAAAAUCUCAGGUCAAGAUUCCCAGCAGACUAAAAGAGGCGCUGAAGACGGCAAAGGAGAGUCUGGAGAAGCGGCUGCACGAGGAGCAAAGAGUGCUCCACCAGCACAGGAGGCUGACCAGAGCUCAGUCUCACCACGGCUCAGAGGAGGAGAAGAAGAGGAGGAAGAUUCUGGCGAGGAAGAAGUCCAGACAGUCGGCGUAUGAAAACGAAGAAGACAUGUCCGUCAGGAACAACAAUAACUCUGGUUCUGGAGCCAGCUCCCCUCCUACAUGCCCCUCCUCCCCCACGCCACCAUCCACCACAGAGCAUGCUCCAUUCUGACCGUGUCGUUGGGUAAAGUAAAAGAUUUAUAAUGUCGAUGAUGAUGAUGAAGGUCUCUGGUGGUUUUUGAAGAUGUUGCACACCCUCGUCAACCAGCGAGCUACUUGUCACAGAGAUCUGUUAACAUGAUUCCAUUUAGAGAGGAAAUAAAUAAAAAAAUGGAUGAGCCUUGAUCAAUACACAAAACAGCCCCUCUAAAGUGCGAGCUUAUCAUAAACUUUUCUACCUAAAUGAUUUUGUAAGUUUGGGGUUUUCUGACUUCACAAUAGGGGUGGGACAAACUAUCGAUACAGCAAUAUUUAUUCACCUGACUCGUGAUCCUAUAUAUAUAGACCCCGUGUCCACCUAGCUUUAUUUUCUGAGCGGCAGCGUCUUUUUUCAGUUGUUUUCAAUGAGUAGAGAGCGCUCACAGCAGAAUGCAGCCUCCUGGAUGAAAAGUGCAACACCCAGCAUCUUCUGCCUUUUUUGUACUGCCGCUCCGAGCGCUCAAGUAGAAAAUCUUUUAACUUUUCACAAAGGCGCUGUUGACAUCACUGGCGCUCUUUUCCAAAUUUAUGAUGUUCCCUGUAUUUUUGCCGCCUACAGAUCGUGUCUUGUACCCACAUCCUCUUUGCUCCGUGUCUGAUCGGGAAAUAAACGCUCAAAUAAAAAACAUGCAGUGGCCGUUGUCAGCAGACUGUUGUCAUAGAGACAGGGCAGACGUGCAGCAACGCUUAAUGCGCAAAGAUGAUGCUUGCGACCAUCUCAACCUUAUAAGAGGAAAGUGUCCGACAUUAAUCACUGUAAGCAUUGAGCAGUUUAAUCUACAAACUCUAUGAAGUUAGCAGACGAUAAGUAGAAAAUGAAUUGGAUGUGGUCUAAGGUGACGAGGCAGCUGCUGGACCGGAUCAGGGUGUACACACAUCUUUUUAAAAACAUCACAAUCUGCAAUGAUGCCCCGAACCUCACACACAUACGACUCCUGCACGAUCCCGACCCGCAGUCCUCAUUGGAGAUUGUGAUCUGUCAGUUGUGUCCGUCUGCUCGCUCCGUCAUUUGUAGCAUGUCCGUCUGUCUUUCUUCUGUCUCUGUGUCUGUUCUGUCGGCUCGUACUCUACGUUUGGUUUUUGAGCCGAUUCUCACCAAGAAGUCUAACAAACUUACAGAAUAGACUCUUAUUGGAUUAGCGGUUCCCCAUGCUGUGAGUUGUUGAAAUGAUUUCCUCCCCGUUUUAUACACAAAUAUUUUGAAUGAAGUUCACUUUCUUCUCAAACAUCUUUAAAGUCUCAGGUCAAACUUUAUUGCAUUACUUUUGGUUUCUUUGCACAGACAGGUUUACAGCUGAACUUCAAAUUUUGUAUGAUUUAAAUUUGAUUUGUGUAUAAUUUAUAAUGGUAGAAGGAAAUCCAUCCUAAUCUGGUUAUAAUCUGAAGACUUUCAGGUCAUGCUCUCUGCAGACACAGUCACCACCACACAUGGAUGAAGUGAUGCUUGAGCAGUCUGUAUUUUAUUUUUGAUGAAACCUACUGACUGUAGCUUUAAUUUAUUUUUAGCCAAAUUAUUGUUGUGAGAAGGUACGAGUUUGGAAACAUACUUUUGUUUUGUUCCAGGAGGACAAUUUAUAAAUCAGUUUGGAUUAGUCGGGAGAUAAAACUCAAGGUUCCUUCAAGAGUCUUCCUUCAGAAUUUAAGGUCAUAAAAUUCGUUCAUUAAAACGUCUUAUUCUUCAUUUGUGAGAGGUCCUCUUGAGACGGCACUAUGACCGAGUUAGUGUUUUUUUUGUAAAUCUUUUCAGUGGAUUCAUUGUUUAUGUAACAAUCAGUGGCCUUUACAGCACAGAUUAGGUAUGGAAGAGAUAACGAUGAGGAAAUGCAAGUUCAGUGAAAUAUGGCCUCAAAAUGAAAAAAUAUAGUGAAAAUGACUGAGACAUUUAGCAAGAUACGCCCAAAAAACAACAACUUACAAUUUAGACAAAGAGAACCAAAGUCGUUUUGAAUCUCACAUGAAAUUUGAGAAGCAGCGACCCUAUGAAUUGUAAAAUAUGUUAUUCAUUUAUUUGAUUUUAAAAAGUGUGCAGUAGUCCUGAAUGUGCCAGCACACGUUUACAGAUCUAAUCUCAGAUUUCACACUCGCUCGUGAAAUGCUGACUCUGCUGGACUCUGAUGAUGGAGGACUCGCUUUAAUAUGCAAACUUUGAACAUGACCGCAGACUCGUGUCAAGAUUCACAGAAAUGGACUCUACAGAACAAGAAGCUGCUCAAUGUAAUGAAAGAAAUGAUCUGGAGCUAAUCCUCACUGCAGGAAGAAGAUGUUCCUCCACUGAUUACUGUUGAACUUUUAUUUUUAAAUGUGAGUAUCUUGCAGUGAUGCUCAUCGUCGACCCCUGCAGUGACUUUCUUCAGGUGUGGUCACAUCUGUCAGACUGACUGAUGUCCUUUCUUUACACUGCAGAUCAUUCUCUCUGUGUGUGUAUUCAGACAGGAAGUCCUUCCUUUACCUCUGCUGUACGUUUAUGUCACGCUCCCCUACAUUUUGCUUCUCUGCCUGCAGCCCCUGGGGUUUCAUUCAGUUUGGGAUGCAAAGUGGCACAGCUGAAAGGAAAGCAUCGGGCUUAAGAUCAACUCACCAUCAGUUAGUCAAAGUGAAGCUGAUAAUGUGAAAAUGGAGGAGGACUUUUAACUUUGUCUUUAAUAAACAGAUUGGAGAAGCUCAUCUAGUUCAGAAUAACAGAGCUGUACGUGAAGCUUUAUCAAUUUGAUUUCAUAUUUUAACAAGCUGCUGAGCUGAGCUGAUGAAAACACGAAACAUCUGUAAAUAUGUUGUUAAACGAGAUUCAAACACGUCUUUAUAUAGGGAGCUAAUAGGACUUUCAACUCGAUGUUAAUAUGAUGCUGGGCAUCAAAAAUCUUUUCUCUUGGUACCAACCAACAAAGUCGUGUUGAAACUGAUGGUGGAUUGAGCUCAGCCUGGACCCUGAUCUGCAGGAACUGGUUUCACAAAGAUCUAGUCUUUCCACACAAAGUGUCCCCGUUACUCUGCACACAGAACAAACAACAUCUGCACCCACCCUUGCGUGUUUUUUAUUGUUGGCUGUAGCUGUAUUUAUGCAAAGUUUCAACGUUUCAAUCUGUUGUUCGGUGUUGGAACAGCCUACGUUCAGACCUAAACAUCGAAAAUGAAACAUACAUUUGUUGUGAGUUGUUGUGACAGCUACAAAUUUGUUAAAAUAUCAAAAAAUGUGAAAUGCCCAAACCAAUAUUAAGGUCACAUAUUAUUCAAAAUACACUUCACCAUGUUUCUUGAACACUAAUAUGUGUCCUUAGUCUAUCUAUGACAUCAAGACCUUAAAUCAUCUCUUGAGAUGAACACAAGGCAAAAAAAUCUCAAAAUUUACAUCAAGGGUUCAGCGUCCAGUGUUAGAAAAAAGAGAGAGAGAAAAGUACCUGGUGUCCUAAACUGUUAGUCUAGCUAUAUCAAAUAAGAAUGGUUGUUAUUUUGACGACACACACUCCUCACUAGUGUAGCUCGAUAUUAGAAUUUUAAACUUCAAUAACUAAAAUAGUUGAUGUCAACUCCUGUUUCGAUACCAUGGCAACCAACAUAGAAGGCCUAGGCACCGAAUGCUGAGAACAUGCAAGCAAACUCUGUACUUUUCAACUGUUGGUACUUUUUGAUGCUGUUAAUUAUUGAAAUAACAGAUUAUAUUGUUUUCCAACACGUGGUAUCAAAAAUGAUCAUAGUGUCGGACAUUUUGAAAACCUCACUCGUUCAUUCAAGAGUCAAACUUGAAUGCCUUUUGUGAAACCAGCUCCCGGGGAAUCUGCAUGCUGCCAGCAACCUGCAGUUUUUAUUCUAUGAAUCUUAAUCUGACGUGCUUUCUUUUAUUCUCCUCUCUUUA